CUCUUCCGGAGCAAGACCAUCAAAGAGAGCCUGCACCCCAAAUGGAACGAAGUUUACGAGGCACUGGUAUAUGAGCACUCAGGCCAACACCUGGAGAUUGAGUUGUUUGAUGAGGACCCAGACAAAGAUGAUUUCCUGGGGAGCCUGAUGAUCGAUAUGAAAGAGCUUCACAAAGAGCAGAAGGUAGAUGAGUGGUUUGACCUGGAAGAAGUCUCCACGGGGAAACUACACAUGAAACUGGAGUGGCUCUCUCUGCUCUCUACCCCUGACAAGAUGGACCAGGUAUUAAGGAGUGUGCGAGCUGACCGCAACCUGGCCAAUGAUGGACUCUCGUCUGCUCUGCUGGUGGUGUACUUGGACUCAGCCAAGAACCUGCCGAGCGACCUGUUUAAUUUCAACCAUGACGUGUUGAAGCAAGCCUCUGUCUUUAAGUCCCGGAAGGUAAAGUAA